AUGGUGCAGCAGCUCAUCCUGGAUGCCAUCUCUAAGCAUGUGGAGGACAAGGUGAUCAGCAGUAGUCAGUGUGGAUUCAUCAAAGGGAAAUCAUGCUUAACUAACCUGAUGGCCUUCUGUGAUGGCAUGACUGGCUGGGAAGUACAUGUUUCAGCAUAUUGUUGCAGGGAGCCAUCACUUUCCAGGAGAGAGGAUUCUAGAAGCUGUCCUUACUCAGAAUGUCCAGUUGACCUGAUUUUGUGCUCUUCUUUGCUGCAGAUUGAUUUUGAAGAUGUGAUUGCUGAGCCAGAGGGAACACACAGCUUUGAUGGGAUUUGGAAGGCCAGUUUCACCACCUUCACUGUAACAAAAUACUGGUUUUAUCGCUUACUGUCUGCGAUCUUUGGCAUUCCUAUGGCUCUCAUCUGGGGCAUCUACUUUGCCAUUUUGUCAUUCCUGCACAUCUGGGCAGUGGUGCCAUGCAUAAGGAGCUACCUGAUUGAGAUCCAGUGCAUUAGCCGUGUCUAUUCUAUCUGCAUCCACACAUUCUGCGAUCCACUGUUUGAGGCUAUAGGCAAAAUGUUCAGCAGCAUCCGAGCCACAGUACGGAAAGAGAUUUGAGGGACCUUUCAAGGAGAGCCAUCAGCCUAGAGUGGGUUUGGGUAUUUUGUUUCGUUUGGAGAUUUUUGGUGCCGGUUUCAAGUUUCCCAAAGCAACAUACAGCAACCGGUGGUGGAUAUACUGGCCCAAAACAAAGAAUCACUUGCUCAGUGUCCUUUUCUGCUGUUUAUUCCUACUGGACUAUUUCCUCUUUUUUUUUCUUAAGUCUGCCUUUCAAACUAACCUUAAAUUGUUAUUCUUCCAUGCCGGUUGCAUAUCAUCUUACUGACAAUUCAGAGACUGAAGUGCUGUUGUUGGAUUCCUUUUUAUCCCAUCAUUUUUUCCUUGUAAGAGAAAUCCACAGCAAUGCUGAAGAACUACAGAAAUGCUUUCCAACUUUAUAAAGCCAUUGUGGCCAAAGAGUGUAGAGCUAUUGCAGCAGAAUGAACAUGACAAGCUGGCAGGUUUUUAGCAGAAUGUUCCUUUUCAAUUCUAUUGUCAGAUGACUGCAGCCAUUUAGAGUCAUGGUCAGAUAUGGUGUCCUAUGAAUAAAUCAGUUAAGUAAACAAAUUGCUUAACUAACGUAUGCUUUGAAAGUCUAACACUUUAUCAGGUCAGAGACAUUGACACAUGAAAGCUUUUCAUGUCCAUAAAAAGCUUCAGUCGGUGCCUUUCUAUCUCAUGCUCUCUCUUGGAAGUUUGCAGCCAGUUGUUUUGCUAGAACCUUUGCUAGAACUGCAGAGGCAAACUGAAGUUGAAAACUAAAACUGGUCAUUAUGGAAAUGUUUUCCUGACUGUGACUUAUGAUAAUACAUCCCUUAGCUAGCAUUUAGGUGCUUAUCUCAUAGGCUUUUUUUUUCUUGCAAAGUAUUCAUAUAAAUACAUAUAGCAAGUACGCCAGAGAUAACCCAGAGUUACAAGAAAAAUCAAGGUGUGCCAAAUGCAAGCCACAUAAUGCCAAGGAGUUACUGCCUCUGAGAGAAACUUUCCUAUCAGCUUUAAAAACUUUCCUAUCAGCAGACAUCAGCAUGCCACUAGUUCACAGAUUGUUUUCAGGAGAAUUGAUGUUUUGCUGAGUCUAAACUAAUCCAUCACAAGAGAUGGUUUAGAAAUUCACAUUGUGGGUUUGUUUUUUAAUUUUCUUUAGCUAAGCUGCAAGGAAGUCUUACAUAGAGGGUAUAUUGUGUGAAAUUGUCACAUGUUGCAAAGCGCACGGCCUAGAAAAUAAAGCCUUUGCAACAUGUUCUGAUGCUGUGACCUACAAGAGCGUUUUGCCCUCAGGAUAGUACUGUGUUCAGCGAUACUGUGUAUAUCCUCGUAUGGUUUGCCUGAAGCAUUUUUAAAAAUAGUUGUGAGGCUCAUCAGCUUUAUUGUAAACCAAACUGGGGUCUGAGCCUGCUCCAGUUGGGAUCUACAGCAAAAUAGUUCCUGGCCUCUGAGAGUGCAAGAUCUGGCCCUUGGAAUGAGCAUGGAGCUGCCUGGUACACCUACAGCUUUUUUUAAUUAGUGCUGAUAUUCCACAUAUUGCUUUACCUAACACAGGAGUGCCUUCAGUCCAAUUGCUGCCAAAGCAUUGACAGUUGUUUAGAAAAAUGCUGCAUUUUUUAACGGGGGGGGGGGGGGGGGGGGGGGAAGGGGGGGCAGUGCGGAGGGCGUGCACACAAGUGUUACAAACGUAUUAACUACUAUUGUUUGCAUUUAAAACAGACACUGGUAUGGAUAGAGUUUUAUGUUUUUCUAUGUACAUAAUGAAGAAUGUACUAUUAUGGAGUUUUGCAGUAUUAACAGUAAGCAACAUUGUAAACAAGAAAUAUUUUAUGAGGAAAAUCACUCUGAAAAAAACCUCCUUGAUUUACCAUAUAAACUGUAUAUCCUGAAAGAUGUCUGUUCACUUAGAUUUAUUAGUCCCUAAUCCAAAUACAUUGCUGAUCAAAGACAUUUAAAUCCUUGCUAUAUGCUUACAGAUAUAACUGACACUUUUUUUAUUCUGCAUGUACAUUAAAGACUACAAUAAAAAGAUGAGUAAUGAUAGAUCCCGUCUGACUUUUUUUCCUUGAAAUUCAUGUGAACAAAUCUCAUAUUGCUAGGAAGCAAACCCCAAUAUUUCUUGAUAAAGGUGCAGAAAGCUGUGUCAUGUUUCUCAGGAAAGAAUGUGCAAAACACUUGAUUUGUGUCUGAGAUCUGACCUAGGAAGGUUUUUGCCAACAAAAAUUUAUUUUUUUUCCAGAUAAACAUUUUCUGUUACUGAAUAAGUAAGCAGUUAGACUAGUGAAUAUAGUAUUGAACAGGGAGUAUAAGCUUGUCUAGGUGCUUAAUAAUGACCUUGGACAAAUUCUUCUACUUUCCUGUUCCUCAUUUUCGCUGUUUUUCAAAUGAGAACAAUGCCACUUACCUAUAAAGACUUUUAAGAUCCAAUAAAUGGAACAGUAUCACAAUAAAAAGAGUGCUUAUAAUUCAUAUUGCAUGAAGGACUUGGGCCAGCUCAAAUUCAGAUUGUUCUGAUAGCUCUUCAGUUAAAAUCAUUUAAAGCUUUCCUUUCGACUCUGGUGAAAAUAGGAUUGUUCCUAAUAAAAGUUUGUUUUAGCCUAAGCCUUUACUGUAUGUAGCUAGGGGAAUGACAGCUUUUACCCAGCCACGCACAGAUGUAACUUGUGACAGGGCAGUCCUUUUCUGUGGGGUUGUUACGCAACAUCUGUCACACCUUUACCCUAAUACACAAAAUUCCAACCGAACAGGCUAUUACAUUUCAACUUACAAAUCUGUUAGCCCUAUUUAAAUGUUCGAAUGGCCGAUAUCAGCAUAAGGUAGUCUGUCAUAUGUUUUCCAGUAGCAGAAUUGUAUUUUAAUGGUAUUUAAUAAUAAAAAGGCAGUAAAUAGUACAUUGGAUGUCUUGGACUAUGAACUGUGAGAAUAUUAAAAAGGAGAUUUUGAAAAGUAAAUUGGAGACUGCAAAGUGAAAGUAAAGCAAAUGAGCAUGCCAGUAUUCAAAAACAUCUUUUUUUUCAAAGGAGCCUAAUAGAUUUAGAGCAGGCACAGCUAUUCAUCUUAACCACUUACAAUUCACAUCACCGAGACUCUUCCUGAGGGGAACGUGCAGAUUUCACUCACUAUUGCACUGCCCAUAGCACUUCGCUGGGCAGCAUUCACAGCCAUGCGCUGUGGGUGAAUCUCAGACUGCUACUCCUGCUGGACUCAUAGCACAAUGACACUCAUGAUCAAUAUCACACUCAUGAUAUAACCCAUACCCUGUCUAUAACAAGAUUAGGAGAAAAUAGCAUUAGAAAGCUGCCUAUCAUGGCUACAAAUGUAUUGUAAAUAGCCUUCUACUGUUAGAUCUGAAAGUCAGUGUCAUAAGCUGCCUAUGGGUUGAUAUGGAUUCAACAGAGCUUUUAACACACACCAGAAAACUUUCUUGGCUGUUGCUGGUUGCUUUUCUCACCCUCUGUGUCACUAGUUCUUAACCUAUGCCAGCUAGCUUGGCCUAUUUCCCGUUGUGUACCAGGGAUGAUGUGUGGGGGAGCCAGGCACUCGGUUUAAACAAUCCAGAGCAGCCUAGUUUUAAGAAAUGUUAUAGCUAGAGAGUGAAAUGCUUGGUUGUGUGGUUCAUCCUCUUUGAUUGUUUGACAGUAAUGGAAUAAAUACAGAUUAUUUGUUUGAAACACAUUUUUUUGAAUGAAGUUGCAAAAAGGUGUAAUGACAAACCAUAAGCUUUUAUUAAUGAUGGAGAAUUUCCAUGGCUGCACCUAAGCCAACUUUUUUCUCUCUCUUAGGUUAAAGUAGAACUGCUCUCUGUUCAUUUGCUUGCUUUUAUUGUCUCAUGAGACUGCUGCAUCCUUCUUCCUUUUUUUCCUCACCUUCUGACGAAGAGGAGAGCGGCACAAAGUCAUUGCCAAGCUAGAACAUCUUUGCCAUCUUCAUUUGUGUCUUACUAGACUUUAUUUUGCACUUCAUCUUACCUGAUAUCGUAUGAUACAGGUGAUGUUAUUUCCAUCUUGCUUCCUACUCUAAAAUCUUUAACUAAUAUUUCAACUGUAUAGUUCAAUUAGCACACCCUGUCUUCAGGAUGCUUUUUCUCUCUUGUGGCACACUGGUAAAAUGCUGUAUAUUUGAUAUCUUUGAUAAUAUCUAAAUGCACAGUCUCAAGAUUCAUAAGAUGGUGAAAGGAGGAAGACAGUGAGUAGACUCUAGUCACUAGCCUGUGUCCUUCCAUGUGGUCUUAGUUUUAUUCCUCCCAGAACCCUGUCAAAGGCACAUUUUAUUGCUUAGUCCAGAUGCAAGCCACAAAAUACUCUAGGCUCAAUACUGGUAAGUUAUUUGCUUUUGCUUUGAAAACCUGAAUUAACAUAACUCUGCAGAUGCCUGACCUGCCUUGGUGCAUAAUUGUCAGUAAAACUGACAGUAAAGGUGCCCAGGUCACAUCUAAGCACAGCCGGGACCCACAGAUGAGAUGUUGCUCUGUCUGCCUUCAUCUCUUGUGGGAACUCAAGGUGACAGGCAUUCCCAGAGACACUAAUGCAGUUCUGGAAAUACCUCCCUGAGGCUCACAGUCGAGCGUUCAGCUCCCUGAGAGAGAGGAGUAUUAAACUCUUCCCACUGCACUUCCUACUGUAAAUGUAACCAGCUCACUGGUCGGUUUGCUGACUGUUAGAGUUCCCUCUUUGUAUGCCCAGUUCUCCUUAUGUGCUGCACAGGAACUAGCUGUAGAUCCCUAAUGGGGCAUGACUGCUUCUAGUAGGUGCCUGGUUGCCUGAAAGGUACUGCCUGACCUCUGUGGCACCUGAAUCCAUCUGUUGGUCUGAAGUUUUCAGAGCCAGAUUUUCUCUUCCAGCAAGCUGUCAGCAGCGCAGAGGGGAGUAAAAGCAGCUUUCAGUCGCUAUCACGUUCUCCAGUUCCAGCACUUCUAAAUAUAAUUCUGGUCUGUAGUUUGAAAGACUAGGGAUCUAGGCUGAAGGCUGUUUUGUUUUCUACAAACUGACAACUGCCCUUGGGGGUUGUUUUGGCACCCAGGGACUAAGUUAAAUCUGAGGCUGUCAUAGCCAUGACGUUCUCAUAUGAUCACAUCUCUGAACCUUUAUCCAGGAGAUGGGGUACCUUAGCAUACAUAGGCACUGACAAUAUUUUUAUGGCUA